UCACACGCGGCGAGAGGCAGUGCGGAGGUUGCAAGUUGCUGCAGGAAGAAGACGCUAAAAAAACAGUUGGAUUCUAUUUUAAAAAGACGGGGGGACAAAAAAAGAAAUAAAAAAAAAAGCAGUGACAUUUAUUGCAAACUUUUUGGGGGAGACGACGUGCGCGGAGAUACCGGAGCGACCCUCGCCCCUGCGGCAAAAAAAAAAAAAAAAAAAAAAAGCAAGUGGCUCCAUCCGCGACUCCCGGUGCCGCCACCGGCUUGAGCUCCAUGUACAAAAUGGAUUACUCCUACCUGAACUCCUAUGACUCUUGCAUGGCCGCCAUGGAAGCGUCGGCCUACGCGGACUUCAGCUCGUGCAGCCAGGCCAGCUCGUUCCAGUACAACCCCAUCCGCGGCGGGCCCUUCUCCAACCCGGCCUGCGCCCCGCUCAGCACGGCCAGCUGCACGCUGGGAGCCCUGCGCGACCACCAGCCCGCGCCGUACUCGUCAGUCCCUUAUAAGUUCUUCUCGGACCCUUCGGGCCUGAACGAGAAACGGAAGCAGAGGCGCAUCCGGACCACCUUCACCAGCUCUCAACUGAAGGAACUGGAGAGGGUCUUCGCCGAGACCCACUACCCGGACAUUUACACCCGAGAGGAGCUCGCUCUGAAGAUAGAUCUGACAGAAGCCAGAGUACAGGUGAGAGGUCUUCCAAAGUCUGGAUUCCAUGAACUAUAUGACCUCCAUCUAAAGGGGCGCCCACUGGUGUGUGUGUGUGUGUGUGUGUACCAGGUGUGGUUUCAGAACAGGCGUGCCAAGUUCCGCAAGCAGGAGCGUGCCGCCAACGCCAAAGCCAACAGCUCCGGCACAGGGGGCACCACCAGCAGCUCCGGAGGGAAGAAAGGCGGAGAGAUCAGAUCUUCGUCGGAUGACGACGAGUCCAAAGAGUCCACCUGCAGCCCCACACCGGACAGCACGGCCUCGUUGCCGGGCUCGCAAAACGGGAACCUGGGCAGUCCCUCCAGCCUGAGCCCCAGCCCGGCUCCGGCCAACGGCGGCUACGUCAAUGCCUCCGGCUCUCCGGUCCUGCAGGGGCUCAAGGCGGCCAGCUGGUCCGGCCUGGGGCCCAGCAACCCGGCCGUGGCCCAGCCUGACGCCCAGACUCAGGAGAUCCUGAAGGCCUGGCAGCCGGCGGACAGUAUGACGGGGCCUUUUGCCGGAGUCCUGUCCUCCUUCCACAGAAAACCCAACGUCGCCAUCAAGACGAACCUGUUCUGA